AUGCAGAAGUUAGAGCGAUCAUCAGAACUUCGGCCGAUCAGUUCAUAUCUGAUGUUCGCAAACGUUCGCCCCGAUACCAAGCCAACGAAAGCGUCAACACCGAUCAAAGUGAAACCCAUUUUGAGCUGCACUCUAAUCGAACAUUGCGCCACAAAGGAGAGAAAAGUUACAACUGGAACUGUUCGCUCCAUAAACACCACUACUCACAGUUACAGUGCAGCCAACAAACGUCAAAAGUUCCCACUUAUUUCGGACUGUUGGGGCGGUCCAACACAUGGAAAGGGCUUGCACGAUCAUCUUUCUGGAUGUACGAGAGUCGAAAUACCGAAGAAAAUGACAGACCAAAUUCAGCCAUUAGAUGUCUUUUUUAAAAGACAGAUGAAAGUGAUCCCUCGUCGAUCGUACGAUCGUGUGCUACUCGAUCAAGUUAACAUCAACAGUAGCGAGCGGGAAGAUAUUGUUCGUCUUAUGUCACUCACUCAUAACUAA